AUGUCUAAUGAAAUCUAUGCCAAUGUAGAGUUUGAUAAUGACAAUGUUGAGGAUCUUUAUACCAAUUAUGAGAUCAUCAAUUCUCAUGACUCCAGAAGCAAGACAAAGGACGUCUUCACAAAGAGUAGACCACUGGCUACGAACCCAGGUACUGAGAGCUCAGAGAGGAGAUCCACCAGAGAUGCUGCAGUGUGUCUGGGGCUGCUGUGUGUUCUCCUACUGUCUGGGAUCAUAGGCUUGUUUGUCUAUUAUAAUGGAGUGAUGGGCAGUUCUGAAGAGAACAUCUUAGUUUAUAAAACCAACUCCUCAGCUGAACAGGACCAGUUGCAGACCAAGUACAAAACCAUGACUAAAGACAGGGACCAGCUCCAGGUUGAAAGAGACGAUCUUCAAGCAAAGCUCUCGGUGGUAGAACAAGACACACAACAGGGAUGGAGGUAUUACAAGUCCAGUUUUUACUUGACCUCUACUGAGAAGAAAACCUGGGAGGGGAGCAGAGAGGACUGUCUGAGUAGAGGAGCAGAUCUGGUGGUAAUAAACAGCAGAGAGGAAUAUGUAUUUAUCCAUGGAUUGAAUAAGGAGACGUUCUGGAUUGGUCUGACUGACCGAGUUGAAGAGGGGAUCUGGAAGUGGGUGGACAGCACAGCACUGACCACAGGGUACUGGGGCAAGGAACAGCCUAAUAAUCAGAACGGAAUGGAGGAGGAUUGUGCUGCGCGAUGGUCCGAUCUUUCUACCACAGACAACGGCUGGCAUGAUGCACCGUGCAACGAAUUGCACUUUUGGAUAUGUGAGAAAACUGCAUUCCUGUAA